GAAUUGUUGUAAAGGGAAAAUUUGGUUGUUUCAUGGGAAUGAUGUCCCAAGCAUUGUCGUAUGUUUCAUGGGAAUGAUGUUGCCUACAUCGGUGGCAAAGGGAAUCGGUCGUUGGGUUUCUUCAGUCUUGAAGCCCUGCUUCUGAAUUAAUGGCGAUAUGAUAAUUUGCAAUGCUCUCCCCAAUCCAAACCCCAAUGGUGGCGCUAGCGCGCGUAAAAUCCCUCCGUCUCCGUCGCUCCAUCUGGUCCGACGCCGCUCCCCGUCGUCCCGACACACACCGGCCGCCCUUCUCCGCGCCGCCACUGCAAGACCUCAACGCCCGGCUGAAGCGCCUGGUCCAGUCAGGCCGCCUCAAGGACGCGCAGGCCCUGUUCGACGGAGCGCCGCACCGCGACGAGGCGUCCUACGCCGCCCUUCUCGCCGGCCAUGCCGCCGCGGGGGACUCCACCGGCGCCAUGGCGCUCUUCUCCCGCAUCCACGCCUCCCCGCUCGCGGCCGCCGACCCUUUCGUGGUCAGCCUCGCGCUCAAGGCCUGCGCCGUGGCCGCCGACGCCGGCCACGCCGCCUCGCUGCACGCCUUCGCCGUCAGGUCCUCGGCCGUCUCCUCCGUCUUCGUCGCCACCGCGCUUGCCGACGCCUACGCCAAGGCUGGCCGCCUCGCGCUGGCGCUCAGAGUGUUUGACGAAAUGCCAAGCAAGAACGUGGUCUCGUGGACCACGCUCGUGGGCGCGCUGACGCGGGCUGGCCGACGCCACGACGCGCUCCGCCGCUUCGCUGAAAUGCGCGCCUCCGGGGUGCCCUGCGACUCGCACGCAUGUGCGGCUGUGCUCACCGCGUGCGCCGAGGCCAGGCUGCUGCUGCGCGGCCGUGAGGUGCAUGCGCUCUGCGCCAAGCUCGGCAUCGAUGCUACGCCCUACGUCGCCAACACCCUCGCCACGCUGUACGCGCGCUGUGGCGACGUCGACCACGUGGUGGCUGCGAUCGGCCGCAUGGGCUCGCGCGAUGUUGCCGCCUGGACGACGGUGAUAUCCUCCUACAUGCAGUCUGGUCGUGCCAGGGAGGCCAUCCAGGCGUUCGUCACAAUGCUUCGUGAUGAGGCAUCAAACGCCGCAACGCCCAACAACUACACAUACGCUGCGGUUAUUGCUGCCUGUGCAGAUAUUUCGCACGUCUGUCUUGGAGAGCAGCUGCAUGCGCAAGCUGCACAAAGAGGGUACGCCAGUGCCCGCUCAGUGGCCAAUUCGCUGGUCACACUCUACUCACGCGCCGCAGGUCGUCUCUCGGCAGCUGAUGCCGUGUUCCGGGAAAGUGCUACCAAGGAUGUUGUCUGCUGGAGUGCAAUUAUAUCAGGCUAUGCACAGGAGGGGCUUGUUGGGGAGGCUUUCGUGCUGUUUUCUGAAAUGCGACGGCACCAUUGUUCUAAUCCAAAUGAGUUUACUCUUGCCAGUCUCCUGAGUGUGUGCGCAACUUCUGCGGCACUGGACGCUGGUCGCCAACUCCAUGCACUUGCUUUAGCUGCUGGACUUGAACACCAUGCAAUGAUCACGAGUGCGCUCAUUGGCAUGUAUGGAAAGAGUGGCAGCAUGUCAGAUGCUGAUGUCGUAUUUUCCAGUCGUACGAAAGAUGAUGUGGUUUCGUGGACUGCGAUGAUCGUUGGGAAUGCUGAGCAUGGUUACAGCAAAAGAGCACUUGAAAUGUUUGAGCAAAUGUGCCAUGCUGGGUUAAAGCCGGACCAUGUUGCGUUCAUUGGCGUGCUCAGUGCUUGCUGUCAUGCUGGCGAAGUCGAGCUUGGAUUAAGAUACCUCGAUGCAAUGAGCAAAACCUACGGACUGGAGCCUGCAAAGGAGCACUAUGGCUGUGUUGUGGAUUUGCUAGGCAGAGCUGGUAGAAUAAAUGAGGCUGAGGAGUUGAUUGGUAGGAUGGCAGCUAAUGAAAGAGAUGGUGUUGUUUGGACAUCUUUGCUUAGGGCAUGUGCAGCUCGAGGGGAAGAGGAAAUCGGAAAGAAAGCUGCAAAGAUGACAAUGGAAGCAGAGCCAUGGGGAUCAGGAGCACAUGUGGCAAUGGCAAAUCUGUAUGCCAGCAAGGGACAAUGGUGUGAGGCUGCACAGGAGAGGCAUAUGAUGAAGCAGAAAGGGGUUGUGAAAGGGGUAGGGUGGUCAUCAAUCACAAUUGGAGGGGAGGAGAGGGGAGUCGGGGUGUUUGUUGCAGGUGACCGGACACAUCCCCAAGACGAUGUGAUCUGUGAGAUGCUUGGCUUGAUUUAUUAUGGAGUUGGAAUGGCUCGCUAUGUACCCGAUCAGAUGAAUUUAGCAUCUGAGGUGGAGCUGGUGGUUAAUACUUAAGAGUUAAUGGAGUAUUAUCAGAAGGUGAAAGGGUUGAAAUGAAAAAAAAUACAGAAGUCCGGCACGUUGAGCACUAAUGCAGUAAUGAGGCUCAGUAAUUCGGCUGCUGUUUUGAAGUGCUGAUUGAAUAGUUCUUUCAUACGUAAUGUGGGCUUUGAUCUUGGUACCCUCAUGAUUAGAUGGCUCGUUCUCUGCAACAUACAUGUAUGAGGCAAGAGUUUGCUUGUUGGAGCUUCAGCAUUCAGGCAGGUGCCAAAAGUAGCAGAUCUGCAUUUACUACAGACCAGAGCGAUGACUUCAAAUGCAAUCAAAUUACCCAAGGUAGUUUUCAUGUCCUAAAGGCUAAACUGUGACAAGUCUAUAUCUGCAUCAAAAUUGUAUUGAAGAAGAUCACUCCUUGCUCUAUCAACUAAUGCAAAGCUUGCAGCUUCGCACAAUGGCUUGGAGGUGACAAGCGGUGUGAUGCAAUUUUUCUCACCUAAGAAGCAUCUGCCUGCCCGCUCCAUUCUUUUGAAAGAACAUAUUUCACAGUAGAGAAAUUAACAUUCUUUCCAGCAACAUUGCCACACUGGCAUCCAAAGUUGCGUCAACAUGUAUAUCAUACUUAUUGACUAAGCAGCUUAUGCAGCUCUGGAAGGAAUGUACUGAAGUCAAGUCCCCAAAAGCCUCAUCUACGGGUCACUAUAAAACUCCACCUUUGUCAUUCCAAUAUACUGUGAAGUGCUAGUUUCAAGGUGCACAUUACUUUAUAAAGGUGAGAAACCGUCAUUAUCACAAAAACAACAGCAGAGGAACUCACCGCCUCAGCCUCUAGUUGAAUAUCUGGAUGAGAUGGGAGUCCAACCAUUCGAUUUCACAUAUGGCAUUAGAAAGAUCAGAGGACCAAGAGUGGGGAAUUUAAAAGGUUUUAUAAUGCUCUCAGGGUGGCCAUAGUGUUACACCCAAGUACAGGUAAGUUGAAAGUCUUUUCUUAAGGUUGUGCUUCUUUAUCCAUUUGAUGACAUCAACCCUGCUGCAGGGCUAAGUCCCAGAUACAAUUGUUUUCUGAAAGUAGAGGGUGACUAUUGAUAUUAAUAGUAACCUGUUGUCUUUAUUAGUUGUUGAUAUUUAUAGUGACCUAUGGUCUUUAGUAUUUGCAUGAAUAAUUCACUAUGUAAUCUCAUUGUUCUGAAAAUAACUCGAUAAUUAAGUUAGUUUUCUC